AUGUCCAAAGAAAUCAAGGUCCGAAGGCGCAUAAUCAGGCCCCAGGCGACCCAGGAUGCCCGGAAUGCUCGCAUUCACGACAUGAAGAAACGAAAACGGGACUUGCUCCUGCGCAUCAACUACUGGUCUGUGGUUUCGGCCAUCGUUCUCCCUCUCGCAGCAAUCUGCUACUUAAUUCAUCAACAUGAGCCGUUUAUUCCGCAGAAUUCCAGCACUUUCUGGUUUCUGGCCAUUUAUUACAACAUUACCAUGUUGGCCUUCACGGCAGGCUACCAUAAAUGUUAUGCUCAUCUGGCUUUCCGGCCCAAAUAUGGUGCUCUACAGGUCUUUUUCGUCGUAUUUGGUGCUGGAGUGGGGGUUGGCUCUGCCAGAAUAUGGGCUGCGUUACAUCGCUGCCAUCACCAGUUCACAGAUGAUCCCGAACGUGAUCCAUACUCCAUUAAAAGAGGAUUUUUGUGGGCUCAUUGGGGCUGGAUGUUGAAACGGCCCAAAACUAUUGCAUUCUAUCGUGAAUUCGUAGAGAACGAGUUUCCUGCGGGGAAAAAGAAAGGUGGCAUUGGCAAACUGAAGGAAUCAGCACCUCUGAAUAACAGUUUGGCAGAUACAAAUGAUUCGUCGGGUGAAAACUUGAGUGGACAAAACGAGUUAGAGACCGAGGAUACCCAUUCGGAGGACGUGGCCUUCGAAAUGGAAGACAAGAAGGACCGUGAGGCCCAGACGGUGUCCUGGAUUGUGUGGCUGGAACACUUGACAUGGCCAUUUUUCAUUUUGACCACCAUCGUCAUUCCCAUUAUUGUUACAACGACCUUAUGCGAGGACACAUGGAUUCAUGGAUUGAUAUAUCCUGGUAUUCUCCGCAUGUUCUGCUGCCAGCAGCUGAUUCUCUCCACAGAGUCGAUCUGUCACUCGAGAAACAUCCACGCAGGGUUCCCUUCACAACCUUUCAACGACAAGAACUCCCUGGUCAACUGUAACAACCCAUUAGUGACCCUUCUUACCUAUGGCCAGGCCCAUCAGAAUUACCAUCACGAGUUUCCUCAUGACUACCGUGGUUGCCUACUGAUUUGGGCGCUCGAUCCCACCAAGUGGUUUAUCUGGACCUUGGAGAAGUUGGGCUUAAUCGAUUCGGUGGGGAAAACACCUACCAACUUGGUUGUACAGCUCCAGAUUCAGCAACAGCAACUUGUGUUGAACCGCAUGCGGUCUCAAUUGAACUGGGGUACCCCUAUUUCAAAAUUGCCUCUGAUUAAUACGCGGGAGUUCCGUCGACUCUGUGAAUCUGCUUCCAACCAGAAUAGAAUCUACAUUGUUAUCCAAAACAUUAUUCACGACAUCACGCCUUUCAUGGACCAGCAUCCAGGAGGAUUAGCAUUGCUCAAGGCAUCACAUGGAAAAGAUGCUACCCGGGCGUUUUACGGAGGAGUCUACGGCCAUCUGACUGCUGCAGUCAAUCUCUUGGCUACCAUGAGAAUUGGAGUUCUUGAUGUAGGCAACGACGAGGAUGUAUGGAGGCGAGUGGUGAAAGAGGAAGGAGAUGUCAAUGAAAGAGACUCCCGGAACAGCCUGUCUUACCGUACAGCGGAGGCAGCAUGA